AUGGGACUUCAAUCUUCACCACAUAGAAAAUGUGCCAUGCUUUAUGAAAAUUUAAAUAAAUUGGCACAACAUAUUGAUAAAGUGUUGAAUGCCCAAUCAAGAGAAGAUGUUUUGAAGAAUCGAAUGCGGCUUAAGGCAAUUAUUGAAACUGUUCGCUUCCUAGCAUUACAAGGAAUUAGUUUUAGAGGCCAUGACGAAAGUUCAAGUUCAUUAAAUCGAGGGAAUUUUAUUGAAGUGUUGAAGUAUAAAGCAGAAGGAAAUGAUGAAAUCUCAAGUGUUAUCUUGGACAAUGCUCCACAAAAUGCUCAAUACAUUGCUCCAUCGAUUCAAAAAGAGAUUCUUCAUAUUCUUACAAAUAGAGUGAGAAAAAUAAUUUGUGAUGAAGUUGCGGGAGGCAAAUAUUGUAUUCUUGUUGAUGAAGCACAAGAUGAGUCUAAAACGGAGCAAAUGGCUCUUGUUUUAAGAUAUGUCAAGCAUGAUGGUGUGCUAAUGGAACUUUUUUUUGACAUUGUGGGAGUUAAAAACAUAUUAGCAGUGACGCUUAAGGAUGCAAUAUCAGGUAUUCUUGCUCAGUUCGAUCUUUUAAUUCAAAAUUUGAGAGGUCAAGGGUACGAUGGUGCGAGUAAUAUGCGCGGCGAAUGGAAUGGUCUACAAGCAUUAUUUGUUAAAGAUUGUCCAUUUGCUUAUUAUGUCCAUUGUUUUGCUCAUCUAUUACAAGUAGCACUAGUUGCAGCAGCAAAAGAUAAGCCAAAGAUUUGGCAAUUCUUCUCUCACUUGACUUGUAUUGUCAAUCUUGUUACUUCCUCUCCCAAGCGUAUUGGUGAAUUAAAAUCUUUUCAAAGGGAUGAGAUUGCACGUAUGUUGAGCACAGGUGAACGUCAAUCUGGUAAAGGGGCUAAUGAGAUUGGCACCUUGCAUCGAGCUGAAGCUACUCGUUGGAGUUCACAUUAUGAUUCUGUUAGGAACUUGAUUGAUAUGUAUACUACAUCCUGCACAGUUGUUGAAAGUCUUAGAAAGGGUGGGCAAAAUCAACAGAUACGUGGGCAAGCUUUAGGUGUUUACAAUGCAAUGAGAAGUUUUGAAUUUAUAUUUAUCUUGCACCUAAUGGAUAGCAUUAUGGGAUUCACUGAUGCACUUUGUCAAGCCUUGCAACAUAAAUCUCAAGACAUUUUAAAUGCUUUGAAAUUAGUCUCAACAACCAAAACUCUGCUUCAAAAUUUCAGACAAGAUGAUUGGGAUAUUUUCCUUGCAAAUGUGGUGUCAUUUUACAAUCGACAUAACAUUGAUAUACCUGAUUUGACUUCUCGUUAUGUAGAGGGUACUGGUCGUCAUUGUCAGCAACAAGAUAAUAUUACAGUUGAGCACCAUUAUCACUUUGACAUUUUCAACUCUGUAAUAGAUUUACAGCUGAUGGAGUUAAACCAUAGAUUCAACAAUGAAGUAGUGGAACUUCUUACUUUUAGCUCAGCUUUGGAUCCUAGUGAUUCUUUUAAAUCUUUUAACAUGGAGAAUAUUUGCAAUCUUGCUGAGAAAUUCUAUCAUUGGGACUUCACUCAUCAAGAUCUUAAAGUAUUAAAGAUUCAGCUGAUGCAUUAUCAACUUGAUGUACCUAGUGAUCACGAGUUUCAAAAUACUUCUUCUCUUACAGAUUUAUGUAGGAAACUAGUUGUGAGAAGAAAAUCCAAGUGCUACCCUUUGGUUGACGGAUUGAUCCGUCUUGUGUUGACUCUUCCCGUUUCUACAACAACUACAGAGAGAGCAUUUUCAGGCAUGAAACGUGUUAAAACAGCGCAGCGUAGCACAAUGGGAGAUGAAUUUCUUGCUGAUUGCAUGACCGUCAACUUUGAACAGGACCUUGUUUGGAAAAUUAACUUGGAGUCUAUUAUUAAUGAAUUCGAGUCUUUGAAAACUCGACGAGCACAACUUAAAUAG